AUGGCGGGUCCACUGGAAAGCCGUAUAGGGCAGUCCAAUCUGGCUACAGGAGGGUCAGCGGGAGGGAGAGGGAUAAGCUUCCUCAAUGAGACCAUCGACUGUAGCGAGCUGGAUAGCUGGGAUGCUAUUGGAGGGGAGACUGUACGGAGGCAUAUACAUCACGUUGUGGAAUCGGUGCUUCUUCCUCUAAUAUACCCCGAGCUGUUCCAAGGUCUGGGUGUAUCCCCUCCACGAGGGCUACUCUUGCAUGGUCCACCGGGUACUGGGAAGACUCUAUUGGCGAGGUGUCUGGCUGGCAGCUGUUCUCGUCUUGGUGGGGGAGCUAAAGUGAGCUUCUUCAUGAGAAAGGGAGCGGACGUUUUAUCGAAGUGGGUUGGCGAGGGCGAGAGGCUCCUUCGUGAGCUUUUCGACCAGGCUCGGAAGGCUCAGCCUAGCAUUAUAUUCUUCGAUGAGAUUGAUGGCUUAGCACCAGUCCGUAUUGCUAGUGGAGGGUCGAGUCAUAGCAGCUCACUUGUCGCUACGCUGUUGGCCCUCAUGGAUGGUCUCGAUGGGAGAGGUGACCGUGUUGUCGUGCUGGCUGCGACCAAUCGUCCAGAUGCCGUUGACCCAGCGCUACGACGGCCAGGACGCUUCGAUAAGGAGUUGCGAUUCUCCCCUCCUAGGGGAGCAGCAGAUCGUCGUGCCGUAUUGGAGGUCCACACUCGGAGGUGGCGGUCGGAUCAGAUGCCGCCGGGAACAGCAGCUUGGAUAUGUGAUCCUUCGAGAACAGCAGGUUUCACUGGUGCAGACUUGAAGGCUCUGACCGAAGAGGCUGUGAUGAUGGCGGUCAGAAGGACGUAUCCCCAAAUAUACGAGGAAGCUAUCAAACAGACCUCUGGAGACUUGAACGGCGCAAAGCGAAAAGUUGAUGGUCUCGGCGUCCAAUGUGAUCGUUACACCACUUGA